GCGUGGCCAGAUGGCGGUGCGAGGGGGCGGGUCAAGAUGGCUGCGCUGUCGGCGCGGGGCCGGGCGGCGCUAACGUGGCGCGUGUGGCGGGCGCCGUGGGGCUGCCGGGCGCGGCGGGGGCUGGGGCAGGAGGCGGCUGGCGAAGGAAAAGCCACCGUGCCUGCCUUCACAGAUGAGGCGGUGCAGACCCUGCUGUACAAGAUGACUGGGCUGGACCUGCAGAAGGUGUUCAGGCCGGUGCGGCAGGAGCUGAAGCCCCCCAAGUACAAGCUGAUGACAGAAGCCCAGCUGGAAGAGGCCACAAGAAAAGCCAUUGAGGAAGCUAAAAAAAAACUAACCAUGCCUCCUGUUUUGAAAGAACGAGAGCCAAUUAAUGAUGUUUUAGCAGAUGACAAAUUCCUUGAAGGAACUGAAACUACAAAAUAUGUGUUUACAGAUUUAACGUACUCUGUUCCACAUCGUGAGCGUUUCAUUGUAGUUAGAGAACCAAAUGGUGUAUUACGCAAAGCAACCUGGGAAGAACGAGACAGAAUGAUACAGAUAUUCUUCCCAAAAGAAGGGCGCAGAGUUAUUCCCCCAGUCAUGUUCAAGGACGAACACCUUGUGACUGUGUUUCAACAAGACCGUCAUGAGGAUCUCCUUAACAUGUGCAUUGCGCAGUUCGAGCCAGAUUCACCUGACUACAUCAGAGUUCAUCAUCGGACAUAUGACGACAUUGACAAACAUGCCAAGUACGACCUGCUGCGUUCAACGAGACACUUUGGGGGAAUGGUAUGGUACCUAGUGAACAGAAAGAAAACAGAUGGCUUACUGCUAGACAUGAUCAACAGAGACUUGUUGGAUGACGCUACAAGUUUAAUUACGCUGUAUCAUAUGCUUCACCCUGAAUGUCAGUCAGCAAAAGAAGCUAAAGAAGGGAAACUUCAAGGAGUUGAUCUGAUCAAGGUAUUUGCAAAAACUGAAACACAGAAAGAAGGCUACAUACAGCUGGCCCUCCAGGCUUAUGAAGAAGCAAUGGCUACUUCUACAGCUUCGUGAAACGAACCUCUGUUUGUUGUAAGUCUGUUUAUAAGCAUUCUCCGAACAGGAUUCCACAAUAAAUACUUUAAACAACUGACUGUUCCAGAAAAUGUUUUACUAAAAUAUGCAGGAAUCACUACAGCAGCUUGUUAUUUCCAAAGAUUCUGUAAAUGAACUUAAAGCAGUCAGCACAAAUUUCAUUUUAUGGUGACAUGAUGCCCUGGCUUUAUUUUAUUUACUGUUGCAUCUUGAAUCUAAAGAACUGCCUACAAUUCAUUUUACUUAUGAAGUACAGUGUCUGGACAGCUGCAUUUAGAAAAGUGUGCAACACCACAUCCAUCCCUUAAGACAGAUUUCUGUUGUUACUUUUCCAGACAACCCUUUUAACUAAAGAGCUCACUGACCUCCUGAGUGCUAACAUACAGACACAAAAUAGCACAGUCAA